UGUAAACACGUCGGCGUCGUCAUCACGUCCUCUAUCUACCUCUCUCUUUCCCGACUCUUUCCCGACACACACACAAUGGCCCAGCAGGCGAACAAGAAACGAGUAACCGGCAGCGGCAUCUCCGCGCCCGCGCCGGCGCCCGUAAAAACAACAACAAACACUGCAUCGUCGUCAUCGACCAAAACGACAAAACUAAAGCCGAAGGCUGCCGCCAAUAAGCCACAGAAACGGGGUGACACUAGUGGUAAAGCAGCUGGCGCAGGGACAUCCAAAAAACGGAAGGCCGUGGAAGAAGCGGAGGAGGGGGAGGAGGGCGGGGAUGAAGGUCAAUCAGGCGGCGAUAAGGUAGCCAUCGACGCGGGCGCGCCAGUCCUCCGUGAGAUCCUGCGGGUCGUCAAGAAAUCUGAUUUUAAGCGGUGGCCACUGGCGAACGAGAAGACGCAAGAAGACGUCAAGAAGAUCCUGCGCGCGGCCGAGGCGCCGGCAGUCAUGAGUUUCCGCAAGGAAGCGGCACAGGCGGAAGCUCAGCACGCGGUGCGCGCGGUUGUCGCGAGGUUGCUGGUUUGUGUACAGAGGAUGCCGCUGCCGCAUGUGGGGAAGGAGGUCACGCUCGAUUACAAUGAUCUGGUGCAUAGGACUACUGAGUUGGAGGCUGUCCUUGCGCCGACGCUGAGACACAAUGAUGAUUUGGAGAAGGAACUGAAGUUGCAGACUGCGUUGCUGGCUAAGGAUGAGAAGGAGUUGAGUCUGCUGCAGAAAAACGCGAGAGAUAAUGAACGAGUUCGCGCGGAGCAACUACGAGUGCUGCCCCGGGCCAUUCGCGCAGAGCCACAGACACCCACAUACGACGGGCCCGAAGCCAUCGGCGUGUCCGCGCCCCCUGAUGUACAAGCGCCAUCCGCCUACGACCCGCAGAAAGACCGUGACCUAUGUUCAAUCACGGCGCAAUUACACCAGCACCUCCAGAGCAUGGAAACGAACACGGCCGUAAUCGGAAGUAUACCCGAAGCUAUUGGGUACGGCCGUGGAGCUGUCCGUGACGUUUUGUCGCGCGGUGUUCCUACGUUGCAUAGUAAAGCGAUUCUCGAUUUGUGAUCUUGUUUCAUUCAUUCAUUUGCCAUUGGGCGGGCGAUCAGGCGUUUCUGGAGCAGGUGUUUUGUUCGCAUUUUGUAUGUACUUUGCAUUUCCGGUGCUGGGUAAUGUUCGGGCCGAGGUGUUGCUUCCUGGGGCUGUGUAUGGAUAUUUGUUUUUUUCCUGUUCAUCAGACGGUAUGUACACGGGUGUAAGGGUAAGUGGUGCACCCCAUUAAGCGCCAUUUGGUAGUGGUGGUGGUGCACGACUUACCCUCACA